AUGUCUAACAGUGAAGACGUCUCUUCAAACGAUUACAAUUCAUCUGAUGAUUUAGACUCGAGCUCUGACGAGGAAAUUGUUUUACAUAAACCUAUAUUCUUAAAACGUAAAGGAAAGGAUAUCAAACUAGACGAUUCUAGAAAGGAUUCAAAAUUAGUUAAAGUUCAAAAACUUGAUAAUUCUCAAGAUCAAUUAAUGAACAGAAUUCAUUUUGAAAAUGAUCAAGCAAAUAAAAGAGAUGAACUUAAUUCACAAAUCACCAAUGAUUAUACUACGGACAAAGAUAUACUUCGUCGUACAAUGCUACUAAAUGAUGAUGAUACAAUUGAUCCAGAAUACGAAAGACAAGAAUGGUUGAAAAGAGAAAAAAUGAGAGAAAACCGUCAUAGAGAUAAACUUGUGAAAAAACAAUUAGAGUUCGAGAAUAAAGAAGCAAAUAAAUUAAAAUCGAAUGAAAAAGGUAACAAGGAUCUAGAAUCCCAAAGUACUGACUUGAAUAUCACAAAAUCAGACCUUCUUUCAAAAACUGUGAAGAAAUCAGAUCUGGAUCUCUCAAAAAAGUACAAACCCCAAGUUGCUCGAGACCAAAACUUUGGAACAUCUAAUGGAUUAAAUGAAGAUUCAAAGACUGAGAACGAAUAUUCUAUAUUAUAA